AUGGUUUGCAAGAUAGCACCGAAGCAUGAGAGUCCUAAUCAUAGGUUGAAUGGUGAAGGAAAUGAGCAGACAUCCUCAGAAAUCGUUGAUUUUGAAACUGCCUUAGAUAAAGCUGGUUAUGGCCGCUUCAGCCGUAGCGUGCUCGGGGCUUGCGCUUGCGCAUUUUUCACAACGGGAGUGCAGAACUGCGUCAUGUCCUACGUUUUGCCGGCCGCGCGCUGCGAACUGCAACUGACUACCUAUCAGGCUGGACUCAUCAACAUGGCUUUUAUGAGUGGUGGAGUAGCUAGUGCAUUCUUCUGGGGCAUCGUAGGAGAUGUGUUCGGUAGAAAGAAUGUACUUAGUAUCACACUACUAGUAGAUUCUAUUCUACUACUGGCUCAGAGUACUGUUACUGACUACAGGCUUCUGUUAGCUGCGAGGUCUAUAAAUGGUUUCUUGAUCGGAGCACCUUCAACGCUAGUCUUCACGUAUCUAUCAGACUUAGUCGGAGUGAAGAAGCGACAGUUCUACCUCGACAUGGUUGGCAUGAGCUUCGUCGCAGCGUGGCUUAUACUACCAGCACUCGCCUGGCUAGUCAUCCCCUUCAACACCAGCAACAGUUCUCUGUUUCCAACGCACUCGUGGAGGCUUUAUAUUGCUCUUGGAAGCCUUCCUGGGUUUAUAUCCGGCCUGUGGCUUCUACUUUUGCCUGAAAGCCCGAGACUACUUACGGAUACCAAUAGAGGAGAUGAAGCACUAAAGAUUAUUAACUACAUUAAUAAAAGAAAUAAUGGGUCUGUUUCGGAAUUUAAGAUAAAGAAGAUAAUUCAAGACAAUAUAUUCGUAGAAAAGUCUUUAAGCGGCGAAGAGAGUAGGACCAAAGCUUUGUUCGUGAGCGUUCUGAAGGACCUCAAGAUGUUUGUAUCGAAGACGUAUGCUAUGAAAUCUUCCCUGAUACUCUUUGUGUUCUUCGCGAAUAUGGCGGCUGGUUUCGGCUUAAAUCUGUGGAUCCCUGAACUUCUCCUCCGAAUGCAAGGCAAAGAAUGCAAGUCAACGUUACCAGAGAAUGCCAAACUCUUCAACGCUACAAACAUAGCGUGGAAAGACUUACCUAAAAUAUAUGAUAACUUUGCUACCGAAGUAGAUCAAUAUAACUCUAGCACAAGAUUAGAAGACAGAGUUGAACCUUGCUAUGAAGAUAUCGACGUGUCUGUAUUCACAUCGGGCUUAAUAGUUGGCGCAUGUUGUGUCCUUGGGAAUGCGGCAUGCGCAAUAAUUUCUUCCCGUGGUGGGGGCAAAGGUGUGCAAAGAGCCGCCACCAUCUGCACACUAGCUUGCGCCCUGGCGUGCGCCUGUCUCGCAGCAUGCGUAUGCGCAUGUACAGCAUCCAGUAAAGUGGCUGUUGCAGCCGCUGCAGCGCUGAAUGCAGCAUCGCUUAAUGGAAACGUGCUGUUGAUAAGAUUACUACUACACGCGCUGCCUGCUAAGUUAAGUGGUCUGGGAGUAUGUUGGGGAGCUUGGUGGGGUCGAGCUGGAGGAGUAGCUUCUAACUUGGCCGUUGGUGUCCUGCUGGACUAUUCAUGUCCAGCGCCCUUCGUUUCGGUAGCCGCCUUAUUAGCUUUAUCAAUCGGUGCCAUUAUGAUGAUCAAACUAGAAGAAAAUAAGGAACGAGAAGAUAAGACUGAUGAAUUUACAGAUAAGAGUUUUGGCUUAGAGAGAUAUAUAUCUACGCAUAUGUAG